AUGCACGAUAACGGGGUAUCAGUAACACGCCGGCGAGCUCUCUUGCUCCUGGGCUUGCUCGCGCUUGUGCUGCUUGAGCUCCGCUACGAGCCAUCGCGGAAAUCAGCAAAAUAUGGAGCGCAAUUCGUCCGCGAGCGGUACGGUGUCCGACCUAUCACUAUUGCAUUCGCAGACGUCGAACAUCUCAAUCAGCUAGUAGCACCCUGUGCUGCUAUAUGCAGCGACAAAACGAUGGCUCCGCCAGCUACUGGCGAGAAGAUCGAUUACAGCACAGUAGACACGCAGAUGGUCUAUCGAUGGGGAGACGAUGCGCUCGGAGCCAAGCCAGAUCGUUAUAACGAGUCAGUUGUGAGCGAAUAUGAGCAGCAGUAUUUGCCUCUCAGAAGGCGGGACACGGUCCAAUUUGCACUCGCGAAAAUACUCACCCAUAGAAUCUCGCGCUCGACGCAUAUCAUCAAUAGCACGGACGACGCCGAUUUUGUCUUCCUUCCGCUGCUCUCACUCGAGUUCACCUGGUGUCGAUCUUGCACAAUAGACGGCCAAGACUGGGACGGAAAGCCCCAGCAGCGUGAAUUCACGGAGCGUUUCAUUGAGCUCGUCAAGCCAUACAGUGGUCGCAGAGCCUACCCGAGCGUAAUUCUACCACUCUCACUCAUACGCUCCGACUAUGAGGGUACUCUCCUCAAGAAGUCGAUCACCGAUGACUACGCUCAAGACCUGCUGACUAUCGCUAUUGAGCGCGAACCGCGCUCGCCUUUGCCGGACAACCUGCCUCACUUUAUUACGGUCCCUUACCCAUCAUUUUGGCACGUCAACGAUACAUCCGAGCUGUACGCAGAGGCUGCGAGCGAGUCAAAGGAGAGACGAUACGCACGCAACGAUCGCACACUUGUCCUCUUCACCGGGAAGACCUUGCCAAAUUCGCCAACGAGCGGGAAAGGCCCUCAGAACGGCUACAAGGUCCGGCAAGCGAUCAAUGAGCAGCUUGAGGCCGCCAAAGCAAAACAACAGCACGAUAUCUCCAAUCUGGUGACCCGGCCUUGGAAUUUCAAGGGUGGCUUCGACGUCAUUUUUGAGAAUAUGCUGCACUCGACAUUCUGUCUAGAGCCACCCGGCGAUUCCUCGACUCGCAAAGGCUUCUACGACUCGAUAUUGCUCGGCUGCAUCCCUGUCAUCUUUCGCGAGCAUACUUAUGACGAAGUCUGGACACCACACGGUCGGGCAUCCGACGCUGCAAUCUAUAUCAGCGAAGAGAAAGUCAUCUCUGGCGAGACGGACAUUGUCGAUACACUUGCAGCCAUUCCGGCUAGCGCUAUCGAGGAAAAGCGACGCGUCAUGGACCGAUUGCGACCGCACCUGCAAUACUCGCUUUCCGAUCAGGCCGGAGAGAUCAGCAAGUCAUGUGACGCGAUCAUCAGCUUUGCUGCGCUGUUGAUCGACAGCAAGGACGCGUCGCUAAUUCGCGUCGCUGCCUCCGAGAGCUUCACCGCCAGCACAGCUAACGCUUGCACGCCGUGCGACCCUACACCGACGAGACACGACUCACCACAUUCAUUUACUACCCUUACGCUACGCGCUUCGACGGCGGCCUGUUUGGUCACUUCCGUCACAAGGUCUUCAUACUCGUACGAUACAGACGCUUGCAGCUUCUCCUUUCGCAGUGACAAGCCGCAGGAACGCACAGACCUACUCAGCCACGGUCAGCUCGCGACCAUCAUGCCCUUCUUUCCCCCACCGCCCUCACCUCGUCAUGCCAACGCUUUCAACGAUCGUCUUGACGAGGAUCUCGCCAGUUCAGGACCUUCAUCAUCGCAACCGUCGCCCUUGACGAAUCCCCGUACUCCCGUGCCUGUCCCGCCGAGCAGCCAGCGGACAUCGCCAACGACGCCCACCGUUAGAUUCGCACCCCAACUGUCGCCUCGUCUGAUGGCAAAGGAGGCAGAACCAGUGCGCAGUCCACUGGCGCGCUUAUUCUCCUUCAGAUCGCCAUGGGGCGGCUCAGGCCAAAAGUGUGACGAUGGCAAGCGCAACAGAGCAUCAGCGCCUGCGCUGAGUCUUUCGGCGAAUGUUGCUACUGCGCAGAUGGCUCCCGUGGCGCUGCCGAGCCCGAUCGUCACGCCGAGAAUCACCUCUCGGCCGCGUAGGCAAAGACGGACAGACUGGGACACUGUAUCGGAAGCAUCAGUCAAUGAGUCUGCAGAGACUGCAUCACGCGACGUCGAUAGCGUGAUGUCUUCAGACAAUCUUGGCGACGAUGAGCGAUCAUCUCGCGCGUCUUGCUCUCCACGAGCAGCCAGCUCGCCGGAAAUGAUGAGCGAGGCUUACCCAGAGCAGCUAUCGCCCUCGACCUUGGCCUUUAAAGCUGCUCUGCGCAACUACGACCCUACUCCUCGAGCAUGCGAGCCAUGGACACCUCGGAUGACGCAGUCCUUUGCAGCCUUUCAGGAUGCACGAGAAUCUCCUCCAGACGCGCCCUUACCUUCUGCACCGAACGCCACGAGGUUCUCUAGCGAGGCACAGAGCAAGAUGCCCUCGCGAUUGCUGUCGACCCGUUUGCCAAGCAUCCGCGUCGAGGGUCUGUCGAUGGAGGACGUCUUUGCAGAGCUGGACGCGCGCCUGCGCGUUUCUCGUUCUGCUCAGAACCUGUCCCAAAUCACCGAAGAGCACUCUCUCUUUGCGGCUGCUUUGCCUCCCAUGAGUAAGUCUGCUCCCACCACGCCCAUGACGAGCCAACAAGAUCCGCCGAGGUUCUCUUUGGUGGUGGAUCGCCCAUCGUCCCUAGCUUAUGCAAAUUCGAUUGCAACAUCCACCUCGAUUGAUAGCCUGGACACCGUAACACCUUCACCGGACCUCAUGGCACUGCCGGCGCUCAAGCCCUCGCCGCGCCGGUCUUCGCUUGUACAUCGGUCCGCUCACAUGUCAAUCCGUAUACCCCCGCGCGGAAGCUUUGCACCCGUAUCGCCUGGAACGUCACCUACAAUUGCCUUCUCGCCUAUGCGUAACAGCCGCAUGAGCACGAUGAGCACUGCAUCUGCACUACCAGCGUUUGGCUUCCCGAUGCCGCCCGACACGCCUACACGGUGCCAGUCGAGCUUCACGCCACCUUUGCCUUCGCCGACGAUCAGGGACUCUUAUCUGACAGUCACGAGGCCAGUGUCCGAAGUAGACGCGUUUGCACCUCCCGAUGUCUUCAUCUUGCCGCCGACCCCGGUCGUCGAGCCUCAGCCGUGCUUCGAGUCACAAAGAGACGACGAUGAGUAUGAGAGCGAGAGCGAGAGCGAAAAGGAAGUGGAGGACGUUACUGCGUCAGAUUCGAGCCGAUCACUCGCAAGCAGCGCUUCACUGCCCACGCCAGCGUUGUCUGAGUCAGAUUCGCGAUCGUCUAUCGAAACUCAAGCCACCUCGCACGGAUCUGAUGAUCUGGAACAAUGCGAAGAGAGCGAUGAAGAGCCGACGCUCGACGGUAUGCUACACGAUCUCAGUCGAUCUGUCACUCCUACACAGUCGAGAAUCUCGAAGGAACAGCUCGAUAGCAUCUCCGCGCUAGACCAAUUAGCGACGAGGACAAUCUCGCCGAGGCUGGAUCACAAGGAGCAUGUCAAUAACAUACCACGACCGCAUCGGUGGAGUGCACGAUCGAGCAUCGACGAUGCCCGGUUCGAAGAUGCGAUACCAUACGAGUCUGCUCGGCCGCGACAGGUCAUCGUACGGAAGCAGCCCAGCUGGCAGCCUGCGAAACGACCCCUCGCCCCGCCCGCUAUCCUCGUAUCCUCACACUCUGCUGGAUCAGAUCUGGAUGACUUGCACGAAGCGGUAGUGAUCAUGGGCGAGCGGAUGGGCCGUACAUCUGUGGGCAUGGCAAUGUAG